AUGUGGCACAAAUACUUCGAACGUGCCUACUUCCAAUGGAAUAUUUUGGAAUUUCUGAAAGAAUGUGAAGUGGAACCUUUCGACCGGAAGAUAUCAUGUUAUAUUGCGUGUCUUGAAACCAUAGCUAAUAAUGAAGAAGGAUGCAGGCGCGAAAGAGCACAAUAUUUGCUCGAUCAAUAUAGAAAGGCGAGCACAGGAGACUCUCCGAGGUCGACUGAUGGUCCUAAACCCGAUUACAAAAGAGCAAGAAAUUGGGAAAGGGAACGUGUCUAUGGAUCGAUCUACCUCCACCAGCCGACAUUCGUGGAUGGAAAUCUCAGUGGGACUGUGAAUAAUGGAACAAUAGGAACUGUAAAUGGGAUCGUUUCAGGAUCUUCAAAAAGAGAGGUUCAAGUUCCCGAUAAUCAGGAUAAUGAUAAAGUCCCAAAGCGGACGAGAAUUGAUGAUUAUUUCCCUGUUCGUUGGCGAGAUCAACAACCAAGAACUCCCGAACACCAAAUAUAUCCGUCAAUAUAUCCGUCAGGUUUUGGGUUCCCUUGUGUUCAAAAGAACGAUAUCGAGAAUUCGUAUGAUAUGCGAUUUUAUGAAGAUAUUAACAUUAACGAAGACAUCUACGUAGAUGAAAUACUUUUGUCUCAGGAGGCCACCGACGCACCUGCAAACAUAAUGAAUGUCUCAAAUAUUUUGAACGAUCCAGAAAGUAGUGAAAUAGCAUCUACAAUUCUUACGACUCCUCACAGCUAUAAUAUUUCAAAUAUCUUAAACGAUUCAAGUAAUGAAUUAGUUGAGAAAUCAAUAACUCCCACGUCUCCUUCUCCUUAUUAUAAACAACCACGAUUUAUAACUAAUAAUGAAUACAUGGAUAUGGUUUGGUCUCCAUGGCAUUUUGAUAAAAUUAUUGGUGAAAUAGAUAUCGAAAAAAAAAUAAUAGGCUUAUGUGAGAAAGAAAAGAAAGCAAAAAUAAAAUCGUCAUUAAAUUAUGGUAUUAUCGACCUGAAUGAUAGUAGGAUUAUGAAUGUCUUAGGACCAUCUGUAAAGGUUUAUUUUGAAGCGGAAAUGAAGAAAUAUAAACCACAAAGAUCCGUGUCAAAAGAAGCUUUGGAAACUUUGAAGUAUUUCAACGUAACAUCAUUAUCGGAGCUUGGAAAAGCUCUUUCAAAUAUCACCAUUAACUAUGAAAAUCCCAAUAGAGAUACUGGUGUAUUGAAUUUAGAUAGUUCCGAAUUACAAGAAGGAUGGUACAACAGCAACAUUGUUGCGCCAUUUUUCGAUGAUUGCUUAGCUUCACUUAAUGAUUGUAUUCUCCGACGUGGUGAAGUCGAAAGCAAAGCACAAAAGUUACUUGGAAUUAAAUCAUCAAAAAAGCCAAAAUAUGAUGGAAUCUUGUCAUUUAAUAGAAAAAUCGAGUUUAUUUAUGUGGAAACAGUAACCACAUCAAUAUUGUCAAAAAGAGACAAAGACUUGUCAAAAUUGCAUGAAGCAAUAGUUAUAAUGUUCAAGCUUAUAGUAUCCUCAUUACCAGAGAAAAUUGUACACGAAAUAUCAGAUUUGCCCAUCCUCUGCAUUCAAUUCUGUGGUACGACAGCUGAUGUAUACCUUGCUAAUUGGCCGGUUAAUAUGCGCCCAGUUGUUUUUUCAAUUUUUGAAUUCGAUAUUCCGGAACAAGUUACAUCUUUACCGAGUCUAACGAAGUCGGCU